AUGUCAGUGUCAGCAGGGAGUACAAAGUCAGUUAAAUCACCCGCAUGGGACGUAUACUAUAAGUUCUGGACCCCUGAAACCUGUAGUGAAGCACAGGGCUAUGAGAAUUACGGAAGCACAUUGGCGAAAACGUUAGGAAAAGGAAUACAGAGGAGCAAAGUGAACAUUCAGGGUGGGAUAAGUAUAAUUGCAAGAGGAUGGUGCAAUGCAUAUAAGAUAAAGAGGGAAAAUCAAUCACUCGACUAUGACCCCUGUGAUUUUCUCUAUUAUUGGUUAGGUACUAGGGUGAAACAGAAUUGGAAGAACGAAAACUUUCCACAAGUAAUUAAGACAAUUUAUGAUAGUUUCCCCCGGGUCGGAAAUAAGACUAUAUGUACUGAUAAGUAUCCUGAUAUUAGCAAAGACCUCUUCGAGAAAAGUAAAGAAUUGUUCGACUUUUUCUAUAAUUACGGUACUGCUAUAGAUGAAUUAAGUAAAAAAGGCCUACUUAAGAAUGAAAAGUGUAACACUUCACUAGGAAAAGCUAAGGAAGCAUAUGAGAGCAUACAAAGUGCCUGUAGCGGUGAAAGUGAAACUAGUACAUAUUGUAUCAAACUUAAGGGAGAAUAUGGGCAAUAUUUUGAAGACGGGCAGAAGAAGUGGGAAUGCCCUGUGGACCCUGCACGUGCAGAAAAAGCUCAUGAAGAUGUAAUAAUAGGUAAGGGAAGCGAAAUAUACUUCCAACCUGCAGCAUGUAACAAGUAA